CUUUACAAAAGAGAAAGCUAAAGAUCUACAACAAUGGUUUUUUCUUCCAUUCCAGCUUAUCUUGAUCCCUCCAACUGGCACCAGGUUUUUUAGGGUUUUUUCUUUUUUUAAUUCCUUUUUUUUUUCUUUUUACUUUUGAUUUUAUUUAUCAUAUGCUUUCAUGGUUUAGCUUCUUUGCAAGAAAAAAGCAAAAAAGAAAAAUUCAAAAGACAAAUAUUCCCAUGCAACAAAGCCAUCAAAUAAUUGGGAGGAGCAGCAGCAGUGGAAACCCUUUACUUCCACCACCACCACAGCCGCCAGGGCCGCCGCAGCAGGGGCCGCCACCGCCACCACAACAUCCUCAGCAGCCGCAUGGAGGAGGCGGAGCUGGAUCCGUCCGGCCCGGAUCCAUGUCGGAGCGGGCCCGUAUGGCGAAUAUUCCGAUGCCGGAAACAUGCCUCAAAUGCCCCCGUUGCGAUUCGGCAAACACAAAGUUCUGCUACUUCAAUAACUACAGCCUAACCCAGCCGCGCCACUUCUGCAAGACGUGCAGAAGGUACUGGACUAGAGGCGGCGCGUUGAGAAACGUGCCGGUCGGCGGUGGCUGCCGGAGGAACAAGAGGAGCAAAUCCUCCUCCAGCUCGAAGUCUCCGGCGAGCAGCGAACGGCAAACCAGUACCAACCCCACUUCUACGAGCACCAUUUCCACAAACAAUGGCGGCGCCGCCGCUAAUAAUAAUAUGCUUCCACCGCUAAGAUUCAUGUCUCCUCUAGGUCAACUAACUACAGACAACUUCGCCGGCGACAUGGGUUUGAACUACAGCGGAAUGACGACGGCAGCUCCUCUGGUGGGUACGACACACGAGAUGAACUUCCACGGUAUUACCAGCAAUCUAAUGGGUCCCACCGGAGGUCUGGCCGCUUCGCUUAUGUCAUCAGGUGAUCACGGCGGCGGCAGUAUUGAGCCGUGGCGGCUGCAGCAGGUUCAGCAGUUCCCUUUCUUCGGCGGCGGGUUAGACCCAACUUCGCCGGGGAUGUACCAAUUUUACGGCGGCGAAUCGGGGUUUAUGGGCGGAGGUCUGCAGGGCGGCGGGAGUCAUAAUCAGGUGAGGGGUAAUAAUAAAGGUUCGUCGUCGUCGUCGGUGAAGAUGGAAGAAAACCCAGCGGAGCUGAAUUUAUCGAGGCAGUUGUUAGGUGGAUUCAUGGCGGCAGGAAAUCAUGAGCAGUGGAUUAAUAAUAAUACAAGCAACAUAAGUACCCCAGCUGUUAACUGGACUGAACUAUCAAGCAAUAAUUUCAGCUCUUCUUCCACCAGCAAUCCAGUUUAGAAAUCUUGACCUAAUUUAUACAUACAUAUAUAUAUUAUAUAUAUUUCAGUAUAUAUAUGUGUGUUUCAAGAAAUAUUGAUGGAGAUUGGAAGUUUUAUCUGUGAAAGAAAGCUUGACUGAAAAUUACUGUAUGUGGCGGCAGAAAAGUGAUGAACUCCCUUGUAAUAUAUCUAUGAGCUAGGUGCGGGCGGGCCGGGCUUGUGCGAAGAUCGGAAGCUAAUUAAGUGUUUGUUGGCCGGCGCCUGAGUAAUUAGUCCGGCUCGGCUAUGGACGGGCUGGAAAACCCUAGAUUGAUCACCGGUAGGUUUUUGUUUGUUUUGUUUGUUUGUUUGUUUGUUUAUUUUGAUUUGUAGCCUAAUAUAUAAUAUAUAAUAUGUUUUGAUCUUCCUGAGAAUGUUAAGACAACGUAACUUGAAUAUGUUAUUUCUUGUA